ACAUCUUCUUCGUUUUAAAGGGGGAAUACGAAGCAUUGAAUCUUUUGUGUACUAAGUCGAUGUGCUGCUUCAUUUUUAUUUAGGUCAUUCUGAAUAAUCUUGUUCUCGUCUGUUUAUUCAUCAUUGCUGUGAAUCGUUUUCCCUUAUAACAGUUACCAAAUGCUACGGUAAUCUAUGUUUUGUUAUACUAAUUUAUGGAAGAAUUAUGAAUCUAAUUUGUCAAAAAGUGUUUCACUAUUUUGCAUUCCAUCCUUUUUAUGCACGAGGCACCUUAGUACGAGCAAUAAGCUUUUCUGCUGCUGUACGCAUAAAUAAUCUAAUGACAAAUGCACCGAAUAUAAGAAAGCCGUCUGAUGAAAAAUUAUCUUCGAGUAAAAGCUAUGAUCAAAAUGUAUUGGUUUUUACUCCUAAGCGAACAGGCCAAUUGUUUAACAAAAAUGCCAAAUCAUCUGACGUUUACGCAGCUCUCAACCUUUAUUCAGAGGGCAAUUUAGCCCCGUGUAAAGCAUUUUUUUAUGAAGCAUUAUCGGUUGCCGAAAAAAAUAAUAACGCAGAUUUGGCUGUUAGGUUAUAUAAAACGGCAAUCAAAUGCGAAGUCGUUACUAAUGAAAAAUUUCAGUCACAGCUUGUACGAAUUGUAUUACAAUCGAAGAAUCAGGAACUCUUAAACUUUCUUAUUCAGCAAAAUCUCAUAACGUGGAAGUUGUUAAAGCAAUAUGUUUCAGAUUUCCUCCAAAAAGACGCUCUCUCUUUAAGUCCUUCACCUAAUACUCUUUAUGACCUUAUUAAACCGGUAUUAACAAUACUUCCAAAUUUACCAAAUGAUAAGCAAGCUGGUUCUCCAAAAGCUCUCGUUUUCAAGGAAAGUUUUAACGAACUACUAUACUAUUUUGCUUAUUUUCAGCAUUGCGAAGGAACAAAGCAUGUACUUCAAUUGUUAAAUCAACUUGGAAUAUCACUUUCGACGAUGACACUAACAAAAUUUGUCUUCUACACCCUAUGUUCACAUGGUGAGGUUAAUGCGGCUUUACAAUUGUAUAACCAUCAGAAAAAGGAAGGCCUACUACUUCCUGGAACAGCUGCUGCUGCGAUUAUUGAAGCAUUCUGCUCCAACGGUAUGCCAUUGCAAGCGCUUACGGCUUACUGUGCAUUUUCGGAUAAGCUUCCUAAACCUAGAGCUUUAAAGCCAUUUGUCUUCGCCCUAACGCAAAAAUACGAAGGAGGCGUGAACCUGCCUGAAUACCUUAGUGCCCUACUAAAACAUGAGGAAGACCGUGUUCUUUAUGUCACACAUCUGACUUUGAUGUUGACAGCUUUAAGGGUGAAGAGUCCAACUCUUCUGUUUUCUUCUUACAAUUCGAUUAAAGCAAAACCGCACUUGCUUAAUCCAAGUGUUUUUGAAAUUGUUAUGCAAUACGCCGCUGAUGUUUUAUCAUUACAGAUUGCAGAUGCAGUUUUAAAUGAAUGCCGGCAAACAAACAUUAAGCCUUCUACAACAUUACUAGAAGCACAUGCGUAUAUUUUGCUGCUCAACAAUAAAGAGGAACUGGCGCUUGAGGAACUUAAAAAUAUCAUUCAUCAGCCGGUUACGCCAAGUCAAGAUAUUCUGUACGCAUUUUUUUGCUUUUUCAGCGGAAACAAACGGAACGAUUUCCUUGGUUUAUUAAAAAGCAAAAGCAUACGGUUUCCAGAGUAUUAUGCAAGCACAAUACACUAUGAAUUGACAACACUUUAAUGUAAAUUAACAUUAACUGAAAUUUUCUGAUAACUAUUAAAAUUUCGUAUUCUAAGAACUUAUCUAAUGAAUCACUAAGUAGUUGCCAUAAAUCUUCACAUUUAAUCUAAAAAUUACCGGCUCUGUAGGCAUGUUUCCUGCACCGGCCUAUUUCUUGUAUGAACCCUUAACAUACUAAC